GGAAAGCAAAAGCGUAGCCAAAGAGGUAGCAAUCCCUGUCUCUGUUUCUUUCUCUCCAUGAAUACCUUACCCUGUCUCUCUCUCUGAUCUUUCUACGCAGAAAUUGUAAAAGCAUGCUAAGCUCUCUCUCUCUCUCUCUCUUAUCACUUUCCUUUGUUUUCACUCAUUCCCAAAAUUCACGGCAUUAUUUUAGGUCCCCAUUAAGCAGUAACGCCAACCUCACUUCACUCUCUUUUCAUUAACUCACUCAUCGGUAUGUCUUUUUUUCUUUCUUCUUCAUCUUUCAGUUUCAUUCAGUGAGUGAUAAUUUUGACGAGACGAUACAUUUUUCUCCAAUUGCUUUCUUUCUGUUCAGAUCAUUCAAGAUUUAAUUUUUGGAGGGACUCGCCAUUAAUAUAGGCUAUUAUGUGCAAUUGGUGAACUUUGGAUUUGCUUAAUUAUUUGUGAAAGUAAUGAUGGAGGAGAGGAAAUUAAAUUUCAAUGCGCCACUUAUGUCAGUGAGGCGAUCAUCUACUGCAACAAAACCUUCAAAUGUAACAAAAGGGAAGAAAUUUGAGAAUGCCCAGCUCGUUAAACGUAAUACCCUCCCUUCUUAUAAGUCAGAUUUCAAUUUGGAUCAAGUAACAGAACCAGUUGCAGUUCCUUUUCAUUGGGAACAGAUCCCUGGUAGACGCAAGGAUGGUAGUAAGCCUGAUCCUCGAGGUUGCGAGGAGGCUUCUGUGACUCCAAGGUUUACUCCUCGAAGAGCAUUGGAUGUUGUAAAACACAUUGAGGAUAAGAAACCAGAAGAUCAAGUUGCGUUUAGGCCUCAAAUUCAAUCUAAUUCAUUCAAUGAUAUUGCGAAUGGAUUGGAUUGCUCAAAGGAAGGAGUGAAUGAGAAAUCUGAUUUCAAUUCAGAAAAUGAUGAUGACGAUGAUCUUUACUCUGAUGCACGUGACACGCUGUCUGGAAUGGAUUCUUUCUCUGUUGACUGUAGUGUAAGUGGUGUGAGUGGCUUUGAUAGUCUGGCUGUGAAGCCGUCAGGAACCUUCAAUGCUGAUCCACAAACCCGAGAUUUCAUGAUGAGUCGCUUCUUACCUGCCGCCAAGGCAAUGACUCUGGAGGCACCUCAAUAUGCUUCAAGAAAGCAACCUGUAUCAGGUGAACAACCUAGGCAGAUAGUGCAGGUUGUUCAACGAGAUAGGACACCUCCUGUUAAUCGAAAAGAAUCUUUUAAUGUUCCAAGUUAUCACCAGGAUUUAGUAGAUGAAGAAAGUGAAGAUGAAUGUGAUCAGUAUGUCAAUUAUGGAAAAAUAAUGACUAAAGGUUGUGGUCUGCUUCCUCUGUUAUGCGUAAAGAAUUCUUUGCGGCUCGUAAAUCCUGUUCCUGGGAUGAAAGUUAGGAACCAAUCUCCAAUGUCUGCUGCCCGCGACAUUAAGAGAAUGACUAAAUCUGUUUACUCCAGAUCACAGAGUCCAACCAUAAAUAAGCCUGCCAAGGAUCCUGUUCAUAAAAAAGAACCAGACAAUGAAGUUCAAUCCCCUAGGCUAGUAGGGGUUGAUAACAAGCUGACUGGUGGAUCUAAUCGGUUCACUUAUGCAAGAGACAGACAAAUGAUAAGUAGGACAUCUCCUUUUAGGCGUUCAGGGGCCAUCUCUCCUUACCGCAAUGAAGCACCUCAAUCUCCCUUCCCUAUAGGGGGAUUCCUGGGAGUUCCUAAAGACCUUGAAAAUUUCAAGGCCAAUAAGUUGAAUUUGUAUGGUAAAUGUUAUAGUAAAUCACAGGAACUAGUACCUUAUCAUGGCCUUAGACAUGGAUCUCGCCCGCUGAGCCCCACCACUGAGAAGACACUGUAUGUAGAUACUGUAAAUGUGGCAGGAUUAUUGUGUUCAAAUGCUGGUUCCUCUGAUAUCAAGAAGGGUGGAAUGGGGCCUGCAGAGAAGGAUAUUAAGUCUUUGUUAAGUAGCAGAGAAAUUCAAGAAACCUAUACUAUAGAAUCCACUUCUAAAGAUGUGACAUCCCUGAAUUUUCCAGAACAAAAAUCUGGUGAUGCUGAUUUAUCUCUUCUCUCAGACAUGUCAACUCACAGAGAUCAAUGGGACACAGGAGAGGACUUGUCACAGGAAUCAUUGGCAUUGGUAUGUGUAAGUACAACCACAGAAGGAAAUCUAAAUAUUGAGAAUGAUCAGAUUUCAAACAUGGACAUAGGAAAUGCAAAAACUGGUUUUGCUCAGUGUUCUCUUCCUCCAUCUCUACCCAAAACUCCUUCUGAGUCUUGGCUUUCGCGUACCCUGCCUACUGUUUCCUCUCAAAAUCCUUCUUCACAUUUAUACCGCGGCACCAAUUUUCGGAGUAAGCGGCAGGAUUCUAAGACAACUUCUACUAGUACCAAAUGGGAAAACAUUGUGAAAUCAUCGUACUUGCAUAAUGAUCACGUACGCUAUUCUGAGGAAUUAUUUCCUCAUGCUUCUCAGCAAUUUUAAAGUUAAAGAUUUGAAAGCCUUUUCUACAUUCUCCAAGCAUCAUUGUUUAGUUUGAAGGUCACGCAGCCCCCUUUUUUUGGUGGGGAUGAUCAUUCUACCACUCAAUUACUUCUGUAACUGACAGGUGGAGAAUCAAUUUGCAUUGCCUACCUACUUGCACUGGUAUAAACCCGAGGCGAUCAAUGGGAAUAUAGCAUCUUGAUCUGGUAUUUCCCUGAUAUUUGUGUUUUGCAGGAAUCAGUAUGACCCAUUUUAGCCAUGAUCAGAUACACCUUGAUCCGAUGGCAUUCUGUGCCAUUGCAGAAUUAAGAAAAUAUAUCGUAGAUUAGAUAACCCGGUGCUCGUACCCUUACAAAGCAGUUCAGGAAAAUUAAAUUUUGUUUGAGUUGGCAUGUGGGUAUUUUAAAUAAGCAUCUCUGUUAGUAACUGGAGUUUAUGGCGUUGUUAUGUAAAUGUGCCUUGGUGAGCGGCUUGUAUUUGUGUAGAUAAAUUAUUUGUCUUAUUUAAAGAAUUAUUUGUCCAUCCCACGAUUUUAUGUGCUACUAUCUUUUUACUGAUGCAUAGGAGAAAAAGAGGUAACUUCUCCUUGCUCCAAAGAAGGAAUUUUGCGGAAA